AUGGCCGAAAGCAGUAUGAAUUUCGAAGAUGAGGAGACAGUUGACCCUUGUUGUAUGGGUUGUGGCUUAAUCAUUGAAGAGGGAAAUGUGGUAGCCUUCGGUGAAGAUGGAAAUCCCAUAUGCGAAAAUUGUUCGUAUGAUUGUCAUGUUUGUAAAAAGCCAAUUUUGGAUGAGGCAAUUAUGACUGGGGACGAGUCGUUUCAUAUUGAUUGUUUUCGUUGUCGACAAUGUAGAAAAAAAAUUGAUGACCUCAUUUUUGCUAAAGCAAGUCAGGGAAUAUAUUGUAUGACAUGUCAUAAUGAUCGAGUGUCUAAAAUUAAACGGGCCAAAGAAAAAGAAAAAGAAAGUAAUCUACAUAUACCGCAAACAUCAUUUGAAAAAUCCCUCCCAUCAUUACCCAAAGAACAACAAAAACAUAAUAAUCUUCAAUUACCUAAUCGUAGCAUAAAUGCAAAAAGGUCUUUUGAAAGACCUACCAAUCCAUCAAAAAUAGCCCCAAGGACUUCUGCUGAGAAUAUUCCAAAAGCACACACACUUCCUCCUAAUCCUGGAAGAAGUCGUCGUCAAUCGCGUAUAUUUGAAGGGAACUCAAUAGGCGACGUAUUUAAAAAUAAAGUGUCUACACCGACUGCUAAAGCAUUUGAACAAUUUACCUCGAAGCCAAUAUCCGAUAAAAGUAUUAACAUUAAAUCUCGUAGCGAGUCACUUGAAUCGUCGAAAAAAGCUGGACUUUUCUCCAAAAGAAACGAAUCAUUGGACAAUUUAUCAAGAAUAAUGUUGCCUUCUCGGCAUCGUGAUGAAUUGAUUGAUACUCAUUCGAGGAAUUCAUCAAUUACGAGUUCUCGUAGUGAUCCUUCUUUUGAUAUUUCCGAUCGAUCUUUUUCUGUUUCUAGUCAAUCAAAUGAGAUUUCAGAUAUUAUCUUGAAAAAUUCAGAAAGCAAAAGAGAAGGAAAAAUUUCGCACAAAAAAAACAGGCCUCCUAAUUUCAUAAAUCAUGCGCCUCAAAAUAGUUUACCAAAUAUUACCGAAAGUCAUACAAUAUUUGAACAAUCUCAAAAGAGGGCUCGUUCAAGUGAAGCAACUCCAGCUCAAACAAGUCCUACAGAAUCUAGAUCGACUCUUAAUCUUGAGACUGGUCCACCUCUACUUCCGCCUCUAUCUUUUGAUGGUAGUGAUGAUGAAGAAUUAUCAAAAUUAUUAGCAAAUGUAAAACUUGACAGAGCUCCUUCAAAUAGAAAUAAAAAUCGUCGAUCAAGAGUGUUUAGUUUUGAUGAAGCGAAAAAAAUAUCAGAUGGAAUUGAGGGAAGAGAUGAGAACAAGCGUUUUGGUGAUGAAACAUCGAGUUUUACUUCUAUAAUAUUACAUGAGUUUGAAAGAAAGAACAGUGAUUCUUCAAUAGGUUCUUCGGGUAGAGACAUACCAACUGUUAAAAUCGAGUCAGAUAGCGCCGAUUUAGGAGAAUUGAAGCAGGAAUUAUUAGAUACGCAAAAGAAUCUUGCAAGUGCAGAGAGCAAGCUUCGAAAAAUAAAGAGGGCUAGUCAACUUGCUUUUGAUGAGUAUAAUGAAGAAUAUAACAGAGAAGUUGCACUGAGAAAAGAAGCCGAGGAAAGCAUUAAUAAAUUACGCGCUCAACUCGCAUUACAAUCUCAACAAAUUUCAAAUUUAAAUAAAGAAAAGGAGAAAAUGGAGAAAAUGAUUCGUGAUUCGCAGAUUGUCAAAAAAGAAUUGGAUGAAAUGAAGACCAGUCUCAAGGAACUAGAUGUGCAAAAGGAAUUAAUAAUCAAAGAGAUCGAAGGUUUGGCAAAAGAGAAGCAAGCGGGACUUGCAGGUUCUUUUUCUUCCACAACAGAAUCGACUAAAGAUCUUCCCGUUUCACUUGCAAGACAUAUAUCAACUCACCUUGAUCAGGUCAAACAAAAUUAUCUUGCUGAAAUCAUUGCCCUACAAUCAGAACGUGAUUCCUUAAAACAAGAAACAGAACAGCUUCGAAAUACUCGAAAUCAAUGUGUCGAAGAGGUGCAAAUUCUUAAUGCAAAGAAUUUGGAGUUGGCAGAGUUAAACAAUGAAUUAACAAAACAAAUUGAUACUCAUUCUAAAUCUAAGGGGCAUCACAAUAAUAGUUUCAAUUUCUUCCGUGGGAACAAAGCUCUGGGAACCAAUGAAACUAACAACGUUGCUCAUUGGGCUAGUCCAGGUCAUUCACCUGGAGGUUCAAUCUAUAGCAUAGAAAAUCUAGAUGUCAACAAUCAAAUAUCAACGCCGAAAUUCGUCCAUCGCAAUAGUAUCAGUCGUGGGGAGACACCCAAAAAAUUCAAAUGGAAGAAGAAUAAUCCUUUCAAUAAACUCCUUUCAGCUGGUGCAACCGUUGCAUCGGAUACAUCCUCAUCAGAGAAUAAAUUCGAUACUCGAUCAGAAAUUCGAUCAGAGGGUCGAUCAGAAUCUUCUACUAGCAAAAAAAUGGAAAAAAUGGCUAAUUUGAUUGCAUUGAAUCAAGAACAAAAAAAAGUUUCAAAUGACUCUCCUGGCCAUCGUGUUCAUAACUGGCAGCAGACUUCCUUCUUGCGACCAAUCAAAUGUGAACAUUGUCAAGAAAAAAUGUGGGGUCUCACUGAAUCUGGCACUCGUUGCAUUGCAUGCGGAAUGAGUAGUCACACAAAAUGCUCUGCUCUGAUUUUUGGCAGUUGCUCGGGUGUACAAGGUGCAUAUGCGGACACGGAAUCAGAACACAUUAUUAAUACGAAUGCAACUUUGAUUUUUGGAAACGAUUUAUCAAAACAAUUGGAAUUAGAAAAAGGAGAAAUUCCAUAUGUAGUUCAAAAAUGUGUAAAGGCAGUUGAAGCGAGAGGCAUGGAUUUUGAGGGUAUAUACCGUAAAACGGGUGGUUUUUCUCAAAUGCGUGCUAUCGUCGCGGCUUUUGAACAAGGAGAUGAGAUAAAUCUCGAUGACCCAAAUGAAUUCAACGAUAUUGGUGCGGUGACGAGUGUUUUGAAGCAAUAUUUCCGUCAACUACCCAAUCCUCUUUUCACUUUUGACUUGUACCCAAAAUUUUUGGAGGCUUUGUCUAUUAAGGACCAAGAGGAAAAACUAGAAAAGUUUCGUACACUAAUAUCACAAUUACCGAAAGAAAAUUAUGCCACUUUAAAAUUUUUGAUGCAUCAUUUACAAAGGAUAAGAGAGAAUGCAUCCGAAAAUCUCAUGACGGCUAAAAAUCUCGCUGUAGUCUUUGGGCCUACAUUAUUACGAGGACCAGAUGCAAACUCCGAAAUUCUCGAUAUGAAUCAUAAAAAUGCAGCUAUCGAAUACAUAAUCUUAAAUACUGAACAGUUGUUCCAAGACGAGACUGAGCCAAGACCAGAUGGAUUUAUAUAA